UGGGGCGGCUGGAGGCCGGCUGCUGGGGGAGUGGAGCGGGCCGGGUUGCAGGCGCCACCUGCGGUGCUGGCUGGCUUUCCCUUUCUGCCGACACAACCCCGUCCCUCCUACCAACCCCCUGGAGUUCGGGAGCGCGCGGGCUAGCGCGCACACCGGCUCGCAUCCACACACACGCCGAGCGCGCGAUCAUUGCGGCUGCAGCCCGGGCAGGGCAGACGGAGCUGCUGCAGUUUCCCCAGCGUCGAGGGGGAAAAGCAGAACCGCCUUGCCUCGGAGAGAGCCUGGUGCCCGCUGGCCCCCUGGGGUAUCAAGCCCAGCAGACUGCUCCCUUCCAUCGGGCAGCUGGAAUGCUUGCGGAUUCUUCUGAAACCUUCUAAGCCUGACUCUGAGGACCCAGCAGGAGGAUGCCGUCGGAACACUGCCUCAGUAUUCAAGAAAUGCUGACGGGCCAGAGGCUGUGCCACUCAGAAUCUCACAAUGACACUGUCCUCGCAGCACUGAAUCAGCAAAGAAGCGACGGCAUUCUCUGCGAUGUGACCCUGAUUGCUGAGGAACAGAAAUUCCAUGCUCACAAGGCAGUCCUAGCAGCCUGCAGUGACUACUUCCGGGCAAUGUUCAGUCUUUGUAUGGUGGAAAGUGGAGCUGAUGAAGUAAAUUUACGUGGUGUGACCAGCCUGGGCUUAAAGCAAGCUCUGGAGUUCGCAUACACAGGACAGAUUCUGUUGGAGCCAGGAGUGAUCCAGGAUGUGUUAGCAGCUGGCAGCCAUCUUCAGCUGUUGGAACUUCUCAAUUUGUGCUCCCACUAUCUCAUCCAGGAACUAAAUAGCUUUAAUUACUUGGGUCUGUACAGACUUGCUGACCUGUUUCACCUCACUUUGUUGGAGAAGGCGGUGAUAGAUUUCCUAGUGAAGCAUCUCUCGGAGCUCCUGAAGAGCCGCCCAGAGGAUGUCCUUACGCUGCCCUACUGCCUGCUUCAAGAGGUGCUGAAGAGUGACCGACUGACCUCUCUGAGUGAGGAGCAGAUCUGGCAGCUAGCUGUGAGGUGGCUGGAACACAACUGCCAUUACCAGCACAUGGACGAGCUCCUGCAGUACAUCCGCUUCGGCCUCAUGGAUGUGGAUACCCUCCACACGGUCGCCCUCUCCCACCCCCUGGUCCAGGCAAGUGAGACGGCCACCGCCCUUGUCAAUGAGGCCCUGGAAUACCACCAAAGCAUCUAUGCACAGCCCGUGUGGCAGACCCGCAGGACAAAACCGCGAUUCCAGUCCGACACUCUCUAUAUUAUUGGUGGGAAAAAGCGUGAGGUCUGUAAAGUCAAGGAACUUCGGUACUUCAAUCCGGUAGACCAGGAGAACGCGCUCAUAGCCGCCAUCGCCAACUGGAGUGAGCUGGCUCCCAUGCCGGUGGGAAGGAGCCAUCACUGUGUGGCGGUCAUGGGCGACUUCCUGUUUGUAGCAGGAGGGGAAGUGGAACACGCCAGUGGCCGGACCUGUGCUGUGAGGACUGCCUGUCGCUAUGACCCCCGCAGUAAUUCCUGGGCAGAGAUAGCACCCAUGAAAAACUGCCGCGAACAUUUUGUGCUGGGUGCCAUGGAUGAAUAUCUCUAUGCAGUAGGGGGCAGAAAUGAACUGCGCCAAGUUCUACCUACAGUUGAACGAUACUGCCCCAAGAAGAACAAAUGGACUUUCGUGCAGUCCUUUGACAGAUCCCUGUCGUGUCACGCUGGAUACGUGGCUGAUGGCCUUCUUUGGAUAUCAGGCGGCGUGACAAACACAGCUCAGUAUCAGAACAGACUGAUGGUAUAUGAACCUAACCAGAAUAAGUGGAUAAGUCGUAGCCCCAUGCUCCAGAGAAGGGUCUACCACUCCAUGGCGGCUGUCCAGAGGAAGCUCUAUGUGCUCGGAGGCAAUGACCUAGAUUACAAUAAUGACCGGAUUCUUGUACGUCAUAUAGAUUCUUACAACAUUGACACUGAUCAGUGGACACGCUGUAAUUUCAACUUGUUGACUGGCCAGAAUGAAUCUGGAGUUGCUGUCCAUAAUGGGAGAAUAUAUUUAGUUGGUGGAUAUUCAAUUUGGACAAAUGAGCCUCUGGCUUGUAUCCAGGUAUUGGAUGUAAGCAGGGAAGGCAAAGAGGAGGUGUUCUACGGACCUACACUUCCCUUCGCUUCGAACGGAAUAGCAGCAUGUUUCCUCCCGGCCCCGUAUUUUACAUGCCCCAACCUUCAGACUCUGCAAGUGCCUCACCACAGGAUCGGCACUGUCUGAAGAGCCAGCACUCGGACAGACAGCAUCAACAGGAGACUGAAUGAGACCCUGACGUCUGGAUGCAGGGCACCAACAUCCUCAGUGUUCAGUGCUUCCCUGUCUUGUCUUACAGGUCUAAAAUUGUGCUAAAUACUAGCAAAAAAAAAAUGAAUAAUUUUCUAAAACAUAUUAUCAAGAACUUUGUCACUUCUUUCAGUGUAUGUGAACAUACAAUGUGUAUGACUUUUGUUGUGGUGCACCUUAGUGCCAUCCUAUGGGACUUUAUUGUUUUGUGGUUCUUCAAAACAUUCUUUGUACCCCUUUGUCCUAGCUAGUGCCGUCUGGGAUCAUGUGACACUGUCAGUAAGGCACUGUACACCCCAGGCAUCAAUCUUCUCAAAAUCUUCUGUACUUAAUGCCUUUUUAUUACUUAAGCAUCAGCCGUGUCAUUUUUCAAACUUAACAUUCUGCUCAGCAGAAGUUCAGCGGAUGACAUCAUAUAAGCGUUCAGUGCCAUAUUUCAUUCAAGGUGAUAGGAGUCAAGGGCUUGGAGAAGUUAGAUUUCCAACCUUGGUUACUCUGACCUUGUGUCAGAACUGUAUAGGGCUAGGUUUCUCAUCCUUGGAAGAGGAUAAUUCCUCAUUUCCACAUCAACUAAAAAGAAUUCCAUGAGGAGUAGGCAAAUACUCAGACCUUUGCCUAAGGUUAAAAAAAAAAAAAAACAAAAAAACUGUUACUUACAUUCUAAAGUGUUUUGCUGUCUUUAGAGCUCUGGACUGAACCAUUUUAUUUCCAAGUUUAUAAAUUUUGAGAUGGACAGUUGAGAUGGUCCUGUGGGAUGAAGGAGUUUGAAAGCAUUGGGAAAGAAGGCAGUGCACCCAUCCUGAGCAGGAACGCCAGAGACCCUGAAACUUGGACAAAUUCUUGCCUCAAAGAAUUCUCUUUAAAUGUCUCAUCUACAGUUAAAAAAAAUUACCUGCACUAACCAUGGCACCAUAGAGCCUGUGGCCCAAGUCUGAACUGAGAGCCAGAAGUUCUAAUAGACGUUUUCCAAGUUGAUAAAGGUAAUGUCAGUCUUGUGUACUUGGAGGAUUCUCCGCCACUGCCAAUACAUUUUUUUUAAAUUAUUAUCCCUUUUAGUAAUGAAUAAUUCUUUUUUAGUCUAGAGUUUUGCUUUAUCUCUAACUAAAAACAAAUCAUCUUAGUAAUCACAUUUUAACAUAAAUUCAACAUGUUUGCUGUUUCUAAUCUUGCCAAGACUUGCGGUCAUUUCUAUUAAAAGGAAAGCUGCUCUCUCAGCUGCUUAAAUAUUUGCUUAUGUUAAAGAAAUCGUCUGCUUUACUGCUGCAACCCCUUAUUUUUUUAUCAUCAUAAGUCAAUAAAAAAUACUUUCCUUCUUGUUCAGGGAGACCCUCAGUUGGCUCUGCAGCUACACUGUCCUCCAACUCAUGAGCCUUCCAAAUAAAACAAUCUUUUUAUCUUAACAAAUUUACCAAUUGAAGUAUGAUACUUGAAGCACUGUUCUACAAAUAUAACCACUCUCUGGUUAUUUGGGUUAAAGGACUGGAAGUGAUAGAAAGGGUAAGGAAAAAAAGGUAAAAUAAAGGAGUAAAGACAGAAACAAGGACCAUUUGAAUGGGUGAUGCAGGUAAGGGGCAAGAACAUUUUAAAAGCUACCUAUGAGCCUUCAGAGAGAAAGGUUCUGUCAGGAAAGUGCCUUCCUGCCUUUCUGAUCUGGUUCCACACAGACCUAAAUAAGAAGUGCUUCAGACGUACUGAACUUUCUACUUGAUACAUGGAUUUUCUCUAGUAGAUUUUCAUUGUAAAAUCAUUAACUUGUAUUUAUGUUCUCAGGUCCUAUACCCAGUGAGUGUAAGGAAAUGUCUUAAAACUAAGCUUGCCUGGCAGAUAAUGGACAUAGCCCUAGACCGUUCCAGUAUCCACUUCUAACCACUCACUAAAGCCAGCACCAGCCACCAACGUCUCCUUGAUGGUCUUCAUGGGAUACUUUUUGCAGUUUGCACAGACUCUUCACAUCUAUAAUCAAAGAACAGCAUCAAAAGUUUAACACUCCUUUACUAAAAAGAAAAAAGAUUGUAUAAUUGGAUCCCUUUUUUCAAAAUCAUCUGCAGUGGAAAAAAAAGUCUAUGAAAUUGUAUUUGGCGUAUAUAAGCAAAUCCUACCUGAACCCUCAGCUAUCUACUAUUAAACAAAAGUAUCCUUUGGUAAUUUAUCUUUCACUUUCAAUCGUUAGAAUUAAAGACUGUAUUUUACUUACCAUUUAAGACCAUAAGAUUUUGAAGUAUUUAUUUAAGCAUCAAGUAAGGAUUUUACUUACAAAACAAAACAAGAAGUUUCAGUCAUUCUGCUGUGAGAGGAAAAGCUAGAAAAGACACAACUUCUAUCUACAAUGCAAUAUGCAGUAAAACCCCUAAUCUCUAAAAAUAAAACGCCAGCUAAAUUACAAUUGUAGCACUUUCUGCACUUCCUCUUGUUUUCCUCAAACCUAAUGUGCAUGUGUAGCAUCCCUUCAGCUAUUGCAAAAGUUGAAACCAUCCAAUGUUUUGGACACAAAGUAUAAAAGCAUUAGGAAGAAGAUAGAUACUGUUUCUCUAAGUAACAAGGCUCAUCUUUACUUUUGAUCUAUAUUCACGGCACUAUGUACAUUAAAGGACUAUGUUACAUUUUAUAUACCCAUUUCAUCUUUAAUAUAUGCAAACCACCUAUAAAUUACAUAUAAAAUGUCUAUAAUGUAAUAAACUAGUUAUAGCACAACAAAGUUCUAAGUAAGGACUGGGGUGCAGCUCAGCUGAACGAGUGUGUGUCUUGCCUGCAGGAAGCCUGGCUCUCCAUCCCUAGGAGUACCUUAAACUGGCUUGGCGGCUCAUGCUUAUAAUCCCGGUAAGCCUGAGACAUCUUGGCUGCCAACAGAGUUCAAAGAAGCCAGCCUGAAAACAGAUUCUGACCCUGUCUUUCGUAAAUAAAUACAACAACGAAAUGGGUAAAUUAUAAUCAUGUAGUAUUGAACUGGGUAACCUCAGCAUUGCAGCUGAUCACAAUGAGAACACAACUCCUGUGUCUAACCAACUAUAGGACAGAAUAUGCUAUUUUGUUAGAAACCUAGAUUGAUUGUUUUAACUAAAUCAAGCACAUUGUUUAUACUACCAUUUUACACUCUUGCUUGACUAGGUGACUUUAACUCUAGGAAGGGCAGGCAUUUAGUUUUGUUCAGUGCAGAAAAGAUAUAGAACGUAGAGAAGCAUUCCUUAAGAGUUUCCCAAAAUGCAGAAACAUAUCAAUUUUUAUAUAAAAUCGUAACUGCCAAAGAUUCUAUAAGAACUGAGUGUGGUUAUUAUGAUGGUGCACUCCAUCAUUCCGGCACUUGGUGGGAGGAAGGCUGAGGCAGGAGGAUUAUGGCCUAGGACACCUAAGAGAGACACACAAGAAAGAAGACAUUUUGUACCAAUACAUGGAAAUAAAUGCAUAUAUAUUACUUAAGAACAAAAUGUCUUCAAAACAAGAAAAGGCCAGUUAGAUGGGAAAGGUGCUUAUACCAAGCCUGAUGGCCUGCAGUAGAUUCCUAGGACACACACACACACACCAUGCACCUAUAAUCCUACCACUGGGGUGUCUAAGCGGAUUCUGAGUUUGAGUCUGUCCUGAACUCUGGUGAGCCAUAAACCAGACAACUGGCCCCUGUCUUGACAAAACGAAAUCACCAAGAAAACAAAGCACUAAACAAAAUCUAACUUGUGAAAAGGUAUGGUAGAAGCUAUAGGAAAAUAAUGGCUGGGAUGGAUUCUGAGAAAUGCAUCCUGAGGCAAAAUUGCCGUACAUACACAAUGGGUGGCAGUCAAUCACGACUCGUGGCCUCUGGAUGCUAUCCAGAUUUGUGGUGCUGGUGUAACAAGGCGUACUGCUUGACAGUUAGUUUUUCUGAGUACUUUUCUACAUUAGGAAUAUAAUCUAAAACAGCGAGGGGAAAUAAAUGCACAAAGCACCAAGUCACUAAUCAUGAAGUCUUAUGUAUGCAUAGAUGUAUGUGCUAUGUACAGUUCUGUGUCUAGCAGGGUAGUGGGCUUACCUGUCCUAGCAUUAGACCAUGUGUUGUAUAUGUUAUACUGUGAUGUUACAAUGGCUAUGCACCUAGGUGUUAGGAGCUUCAUAGCCUUGCUAUGCUCUCAUGGUCUUACCUUGGUAUGUGUGUCCCAUCUCUUAAAUAUCAUGCAGCAUAUGAUUUAAGUAAGAAAAAAAAGAUAGGUACAGAUAUAGAUGUUGAAAAUUAUGUAAUCCUUCUAGCACAAAUGAACUCAAUACUGAUUUUUGCACAUGAUCUUCCAAAUCUUUCUUACCCAUGGAAACCAUCUAAUUAAAUGAUAAUUAGAGUUUAAAUCAAAACCAAAUGUUAUGUCUAA